GUGAGUGAGGAUGGGGGUGUCUUGGCACCAGCCCCUCCACCCUGCUCUUCGGGGGGCUGGCACUGGGCUGUGGGAUCUGCGGGACCCCAACCUCCCCCAACCCUGCUGCCUGCGGAGCGGGGCACAUACUCCUCGGUAUGACUGCCAGCCCUGCAGCCCCUGCACCACCCAGCCCCGGUCCCCCGGGGCCUCGGCCGCUCCUCCUCCCGGGCAGGGGAUCAGCGGGUCCCGAAACGCAGCGGGUCCCGGGACCGGCCGGUCCCGAGGGGUGGGCAGGAACGGUGACUCAGUGUCACCCGACGCCGCCGACAGCUGCGGCCCCGGCGGGGCGGGGGCGGCUAAAAUUAGCGCCGGGGGCCGCGGCCGGGGCCGAAACAAAGCGGGCACCGGGUGGCCGGAGCGGAGCCGCAGGACAGAGCCGGGUCGGGCCGGGACGGGCCGGGACCGCGACCAUGAACUUCGCGGUGGGGCUGAAGCCGCUUCUGGCGGAGGCGCGGAGCAUGGAGAGCCUGGAGAAGCAGCUCAUCUGCCCCAUCUGCCUGGAGAUGUUCUCCAAGCCCGUGGUCAUCCUGCCCUGCCAGCACAACCUCUGCCGCAAGUGCGCAAACGACGUCUUCCAGGCCUCCAACCCGCUGUGGCAGUCACGGGGCUCCAGCGCAGUGCCGUCGGGCGGGCGGUUCCGGUGCCCGUCCUGCCGGCACGAGGUGGUGCUGGACCGGCACGGGGUGUACGGAUUGCAGCGGAACCUGCUCGUGGAGAACAUCAUCGACAUCUACAAGCAGGAGUCGGCCCGACCCCUUCAUGCCAAGGCUGAGCAGCACCUCAUGUGCGAGGAGCACGAGGAUGAGCGGAUCAACAUCUACUGCCUGCGCUGCGAGGUGCCCACCUGCUCCCUCUGCAAGGUGUUCGGGGCGCACAAGGACUGCGAGGUGGCCCCGCUGCCGGCCGUCUACCAGCGCCAGAAGGUGGGGGGGCCCUGGAGUCUCGGGGGCCCGAGGGUGCCCACACAGCCACCCUCACGCCCGGCCCUCUACUCCCAGAGCGAGCUCAGCGACGGCAUCGCCAUGCUGGUGGCGGGGAAUGACCGGAUCCAGGCCAUCAUCACACAGAUGGAGGAGAUCUGCCACACCAUCGAGGAGAACGGCCGGCGGCAGAAGCAGCACGUGGGGCUGCGGUUCGACGCGCUCUACGGGAUCCUGGAGGAGCGCAAGAAGGAGCUGCUGCAGAGCAUCGCGGCCGAGCAGGAGGCCAAGCUGCAGCGAGUCCGUGGGCUCAUCCGCCAGUACGGAGACCACCUGGAGGCCUCCUCCAAACUGGUGGAGUCAGCCAUCCAGGCCAUGGAGGAGCCCCAGAUGGCCCUGUACCUGCAGCACUCCAAGGAACUCCUGAAAAAGAUCACAGACAUGUCCAAGGCAUCAAUGAGCAGCCGCCCUGAGCCUGGCUAUGAGAACAUGGACCACUUCUCCAUCAACGUGGACUACGUGGCUGAGAUGCUGAGGACCAUCGAGUUCCAGACAGAGCCACUGGGCGAGGAUGAGGGUGAUGGAGCUGGGGACGGCAGUGAGGCUGCAGCAGAUGAGGACCGGCUGGACAGCCUGGAGGUGCCCGAAGCUGCUGAAGAUGUGGGGCCGAGGCAGAAGCCAGCGAGCUCUCCCCAUGGUCAGCACUGAAGUGAAGCCAUGGGGUAAGGCUGGCAUGCCUUCAGCUCUGGCUGUCCCUGUCACCCCUGGCUAUGCCUGUCCCUGUCACCCCUGCCCUGGCUGUGGCCAUCCCCGGUACUCUCAGGCGAGCUCCAUCCCUGCUGCUGGAAUUCCCCAAAUGGGCGCUGCCCCUCUCCAACAUUAAAGGUGUGUGAGGACACGUUCUCCCGUGUGCUGUAUGGCUGGGGUGGAGGCGAGGGCUGCCCCAGAGCAGCUCUGCACCGGCCCCACAGGGUCUAGCCCAG